AUGAAGCCCAUAUUAUGUACACAGCCAAGGAGAUUUGCUGUUGUUGCUGUUGCUAGAAUGGUGGCAAAAGCUCGUAACUGUGAAGUAGGGGGUGAGGUUGGUUACCAUAUUGGUCAUUCAAAGGUCGUAUCAGCAAGGUUGGGAAUAAGUGGGUUUAAUCCAAACUGUAUUCUAUCUGGAGGUGAUAGUUACCUCUGCAAUUUUCUAUCACUAGUUAAUUUUAUUGUGCAGUACACUGCUUUUGAUCAGCUUAAACGGAGACUACUGAGGAGGCAGCUAAGCAAGAAAAGAGGUACAGAACCAUCCUCGGAAGCUCUUUCUGCCUUUUCUGCUUUUGUGCUGGGUGCAGUCUCAAAGUGUAUUGCCACCUGCUUAACUUAUCCGGCUAUCAGGUGUAAGGUGAUGAUUCAGGCUGAAUCAGAUGAAGAUGAGACCAAGGAAGAUCAACCGAAAGCCCAAAAGACAGUCUCAGGUGCAAUCCAUACGAUUUGGAAAAGGGAAGGGCUACUUGGUUUCUUCAAAGGAUUACAGGCUCAGAUUUUGAAGACUGUGCUAAGCUCGGCAUUGCUUAUGAUGGUGAAGGAGAAGAUCACAAAAACCACAUGGGUUUUAAUGUUAGCACUUCAAAGGUAUCUGUCAAUAACCAAGACCAGAUUAAAGAACGCUUAAAUGAACCACGAUAAGAGGGAUUCUAUGCAACGACUCCUUAUAAAGAAAGAGACUUCAUUCAAGGUAAUAAUAUCAUAGAUUUUAGAGCUUUGCAAGGCUUUCUAAAGGGCAUGUAAAAACUAUUGACAUAAGAAGAAACUGAGAUAUGGCAUGUCACAUACAUAUUGUCCUCCUCUUGACUUUCCUUUAACACUUAACAGCACACGACUCUUCAAGAUUGGAAAGAAAACUUCGAAAUUUCAUCAGAGAAAAGGUAAAAUUUGGUAACUUUCUACUCUUCCUCCUAUGCUGGAAUGAGAAAAUCAUCACUCUAUAUCACUCAGAAAAGCAAAUUAAGCUACUGAAAAUGUUUGGUCAAAGCCCUCAACUCACAACAAGAAGAAAAAGCUCAUAGCUAAAGACAUCCACUGCCAGAUUAGACCAACCUUGGAAACCAAACCCACUGAGUUGUCAGCAGCCGCAAAGCUUCCUCCAGGAGUGUUUGUGCUCAAAACAACAACCCAAUUAUCUUCAGAACCAAUACCGGCUCCUGUAAACUUGGUGUCAUUGAGAAAGUCAGAAUGCUGAGACUCUGUGAAGUUAGCAAGGACAAGGCUGGGAACCAGGUUGGGAACGCAAGCGGGCAAUAUUGCACAAUCCUUUGUUGUCUUGACAUUUAAAUGACAUUUGGCUAGAAGGGUGGGGUAAUUGGAGAAUUGAGGUUCGGCACCGGGUACUGUAAUAGAGCCUGUUGUGUAAAUUCUUGAAAUGUAAAUUCUUAUGGUUGGUCAUGAUGAAGAUUGCUCUGUCUACUAGUUAUGGUAUGAUGAAGAUUGCUCUAUUUACUACUUAUGGUUAGUCAUGUAGUAUUUGAAUUCUCUCUCCC